GCUACUGCACUGACGGCGGGUGCUCGCGCCUCAGAGUUACUGAUUUAUUCUUGAGAUUCCCCUAUUCUCAUCUGUCCUCAUGGAUGAACUUCAGGAUGUUCAACUCACAGAGAUCAAACCACUUCUAAAUGAUAAGAAUGGUACACGAAACUUCCAGGACUUUGACUGUCAGGAACAUGAUGUAGAAACAACUCAUGGUAUGGUCCACGUCACAAUAAGAGGCUUACCAAGGGGAAACAGACCAGUUAUACUGACAUAUCAUGACAUUGGCCUCAAUCAUAAAUCCUGUUUCAAUGCGUUCUUUAACUUUGAGGAUAUGCAAGAGAUCACCCAGCACUUUGCUGUCUGUCAUGUGGAUGCCCCAGGCCAGCAGGAAGGUGCUCCCCCUUUCCCAACAGGGUACCAGUAUCCCACAAUGGAUGAGCUGGCUGAAAUGCUGCCUUCUGUCCUCACCCACUUAAGUCUGAAAAGCAUUAUUGGGAUUGGAGUGGGAGCUGGAGCUUACAUCCUUAGCAGAUUUGCACUCAGUCACCCAGAGCUUGUGGAAGGCCUUGUGCUCAUUAACGUUGACCCUUGUGCUAAAGGCUGGAUUGACUGGGCAGCUUCCAAAAUCUCAGGCUUGACAACAAAUGUUGUGGACAUUAUCUUGGCUCAUCACUUUGGGCAGGAAGAGUUGCAGGCCAACCUGGACCUGAUUCAAACCUACAGACUGCAUAUUGCCCAAGAUAUCAACCAAGAAAACCUGCAGCACUUCCUAAGUUCCUAUAAUGGACGCAGAGACCUGGAGAUUGAAAGACCCAUUCUGGGCCAAAAUGAUAACAAAUUAAAAACAUUAAAGUGUUCAACUUUACUGGUGGUAGGGGACAGUUCACCUGCAGUUGAGGCUGUGGUUGAAUGCAAUUCCCGCCUGAAUCCUAUAAAUACAACUUUGCUAAAGAUGGCAGACUGUGGGGGACUGCCUCAGGUAGUUCAGCCCGGGAAGCUCACCGAGGCCUUCAAAUACUUCUUACAGGGAAUGGGCUACAUACCAUCUGCCAGCAUGACCCGGCUCGUCCGAUCACGAACCCAUUCGACCUCAAGUAGUAUUGGCUCUGGAGAAAGUCCCUUCAGCCGGUCUCUCACCAGCACUCAGUCAGAUGGAACUCAAGAAUCCUCUUCCUGUCUACUGUUACGUGAAGGGUCACAGCCAGCCAGAGAGGAUAGCUGGAGGAGGGUGAAUGACUACGGAGACCAACUGCCACGCAGCGAGAGCCCAGUUCUUGGAAGCAUUGGAAUGUAAGCUCAGGGUUAUUCAGUUCCAGAUCUUGGGAAGGGGCUUUUCAGACACAUUGUUUGCUUUCUGCUGAGAUAAUAAAUGCAUCACUCUGCCAGAAUAUGACUUUUUACAGAUUGUUAAAUAAAGCUGUAAAUGUCUCAUUGUUA